AUGAAGAUCAAAUGUGUCCCAGUACCGAAGUCUAGUAAAUGCGAAGCCUGUCUACGGCUGGUACGCCCUUGCGAAGCUCCCGGACCUAUAAAACCACGAAUAAAACAAGCACAAAGGUUUCAAGAGCUCGAAAGGAAAAUCGAAAUCCUUACGAGCGCACUUCAACCCGAAAUGGCAGGGCCAGAUUCGUCUUUUGUCCAGAACCAGAAUGUAACCGUUGAGGACAGUUCUGGGUAUAGCGGAGGCCUGGAGACGAGAAACCAAUACUCGCAGGCCCCGGUAUCACCGAGUGCCAUCAUCGGAACCGGAGACGUCAUUGACCAAGGAGUAAUAGAUAUAUCCACAGCAUCUAACCUCCUCAACUAUUGGAAAGAAAAUAUAAGACCAAUAUUUCCUAUCAUCCAAUUCUCGGCUAGUCAGGAUGUUCAUUCUAUCCGCAGAGACACACCGGUAUUGUUUCUGACUAUUCUCACGAUAUCAAGCGCUUCGAUCGACCCAACGUUUUUGGAUCGCCUUCUACCACGUUUGAACAAUUUAUUUGCACAAGAGGUUUUUGUGCUGGGGAAUAGGUCUAUAGAUCUCUUACAAGCUCUCGUUCUUUUCUCGCAGUAUCACAUACAGCCUCCAGAGGCGAAAACCUUUCCGUUGACACAGCAUGUAUACAAUGCUAUGGCGAUGGCAUCCGACCUUAUGCUAGAAGAGAAGGUAAAAGCAACGGCGAAUAAACCAAACGAAAGCACGCUCGAGGCUUGUAGGAUACUCCUGGGGAUCUAUUUUGCCGCAUCGGCAUCAUCAACACUACUUCGUCGCUCUCAAUUCAAUUUUUUCCAACCAAACUACCAGAAAUAUGCCAAAAUUUUGAUGGACACGGACAGCUCAAAUUUGGACGACCUGUGGCUUUGCAAAAUUGUUGAACUACAGCAGAUAUCGGAAGACGCCUCCUUGUCGCUAAAUCAACCAUAUAAUGUUGAGGCGGAUUCUUUCGAGGAUUCUAAGACCAGGAGUCUAUUUAAUCUGCUUCAGAACCGGUUAUCUGAAUGGGAUAGGGAUAACGGCGGCCUGGUGGACUCAAGGCUCAGCACUAUAGCAAAGUUAUCCAUUGAGCUCCAAACUAAUCAGGUUGGAAUUCGUGGCUUCAACCACAAGAUGGGAUUGGAAUAUAAGAGCUCAUAUCAGGAAGGAAGGGCUAUUCAAAACCCAUCAAUCACUGCGUUUCAUCUCCAAUCGCUCUCACGAUCUCUUGAGAUAUGCCGGGGGAUUCUCAACUCGUACAUAUCCCUGGAGACACCAUUAGCACGGUCCCUCCCUGACAUAUUUUUUGUCUGGAUUAUAUCCUCUGUAGCGGAUUUACUUGGUACUGUUCACCAGCGCCUUGCAAUUCAUUCACAGAACGGAUACCUUCCACAGGCUCAACCAUUCGAAACAGUCUUUCUGAAGCUUAAAACUUGGCAUGUUCAGAAAAAAUCGUUUUGCAUAAAUUUACACCGAGGCUGUAAAGAACCAGCCGGGCCAAUACAUGAUAUUCUAAGUGGAGAAGUUGUGGAUGAGACUGGACAGAAGAUAUCGAUGCACGCAAACACUAAUACUUUUGCACCAGCGGAGACAAUGGAGGCCCACGAACAAUAUGGUAUUAAUCAGCCACUGGGUUUAACCCCUCCUUUGACUAUUGACGAUAUUGAUAUGAUACCGGAGGAAUACGAAAACCAAGAUUUUUCCAACAACCAGCCUGUUUACGAUCCCUUUGGGGCCAUGGAUCCAGAUUCUGAGGGCGGAAUGCAAUUCAGUGUCGAGGAAAUGCAGGAUUUCGAUAUGUCUAUGACUUACAACAAUUACUUCUGGAUGCUUCCGUUCUUAAAAUAA